CUUUCCUGCUCUGAAGGAAGCAACAACAGACCCUCUCAAACCGAGCAUUUCACCGCAGAGCAGAGAGGAGGAGAAGAGGGACCACAGUGGAGACAAUCUGGGGAGGAUCUGUGGACAAAAAGAGUGAGGAACAAACAAAAGGAGAGGGGAAAACUCCUGGAAAAGCUCAGAGCUCAGCCGGCGUCCUCUGCACCGUGAGCUGAAGAUGGUGUGUCUGUGCUGGCUGUUGGUGGUGAUGGUGGCAUGCGUAUGCAUCCCGGGGUUUGGGUCGGCGUGCUGGGACAGCUCCAUCUGCAAAAACCUGAGCAACAAAGGGAGGAUACUGGACUGUGUUCAGUUCUGCAUGUCCGUGAUCCAGACUGAGAUCCCAGAGCUCAGUGGGUUUACUGUGAAGGUCAACGACGACGACAACCUCCUGCUCAACAUCAUUCUGGCUACUCUGGCUUCUGAAAACAAAAUACCAGAGUCAGAUGUUAAAGCUCACAGCGACGGGAGACGCUCCUACUCCAUGGAGCAUUUCCGCUGGGGGAAACCCGCCGGGGGCAAGAUGCAAGACGGAAAACUGAGGGGCCACAGCAACGAGAGACGCUCCUACUCCAUGGAGCAUUUCCGCUGGGGGAAACCAUCCGGCCGUAAACGCCGACCUGUGAAAGUGUUUGCCUCUUCUCUGGAGGGAGGAGGCUCCUUCGAGGGCAGCUUCCCUCGUAAGGCUCGCAGGCAGCUGAGCAGUGACGAGGAUGAAACAAAGGGGGAUUUUAAAGGAAGUCAUCAAAAUCAGGGAUUGCUGAGGGCCAGGGCCAGCUCCAAGUCACAAGGGCCGCUGAGCCUGCAGGAGAGGAAAGACGGAACCUAUCGCAUGAAUCACUUCAGAUGGGGCAGCCCACCUGCAUCGAAACGCAACGGCAGCUUUAUGAAGCUGUGGGAGGCCAAACCUCAGGGGCAGCUGGCCAAGUUGUUCAGGAACAUUAUAGUCGAGGAUGUGCAGAGGAUAAUAUAAUAAAUGGAGGACGGAGCAAGGGAAGGAGAAGAAUAGAGUCUAAUAGCCAUUGCAUGUUAGUGCCUACGUGUCUUAAUUUUAAAUCACAGAAAUAUGUUGCUAUCUUUAGCAUGUUGUUGAAUGUCUUUUCUUAAAGAUGAAAAAAAAAAUCAAGGCAGUGUUAUGUUGAAUAAAAACACUGAUGCACCCAC